AUGAACCCCGUCGCAAUCCUCGAGCAAAUUGCCUUCACAGGAAAGGCAUUUAAAGAACAUGAACCCGGUUCGCGAGAAGCGCUCAUCGCGCAAAGCCGAGCACUCGUGGCCGCACUCGAAAUUCCAAGCGAAUUCAUCCAGAGAACUUUCUGGGCAGAGCCCGCACAAUCCGCCAUAAUCCGGCUCGCCGUAGACGUGCGCCUAUUCCAACACCUUCAAGAAGCUGCCCCAAAAGGUCUCAACCCGAAAUCUCUAUCCAAAAGAACAGGCGUCGACGUCGGACUCCUGACCCGUCUAGCACGGCACUUGGUCGCGAUGAACGUGCUCGCCUUCCACUCGGGUGCAUUCCACGGUACAACACUAAGCAACGGCCUCGUCGAGGAACGGUAUCAGCACAGCAUUAUAUUCUGUUAUGAAGCCGCGCGCCCACCGUUCAACGGGUUCCCAGAAUACUUCAAGAAAAACGGAUACAGGUCCCCGACCCUGGGCGGCAUAGAAGGACCCUUUCAAGCGGCGCAUAGAACAGACCUACCAUUCUUCGACUGGGUCGCUGCUACGCCGCCGCAUCUGCGGCAAUUUAAUUCGUUUAUGAGUGCUUACCGUGCUGGAAAGGCGAGUUGGUUUGAGGAGGGGUUUUACCCCGUUUCGCAUAGGUUGAUUUGCGGGUUCGAGGCGGGGAUUGGUGAUACUUUGCUGGUUGAUGUUGGUGGUGGACGGGGUCAUGAUGUUGCUGCUUUUGUGGCGAUGUAUGGAAAUCUGCCUGGGAAAGUUGUGCUCCAGGAUCGUGAGCCUGUUAUUGCGAGUGUUUUGGAAUGUGCUGAAGGGAGGGCAUUUGAAGUGCAGGCUUAUGAUUUCUUUACGCCGCAGUCUGUGAAGGGGGCAAGGGCUUAUUCUUUGCAUUCUAUUUUGCAUGAUUGGUGUGAUGAGGAUUGUGUGCAGAUUCUGAAGAAUCUGGUGCCUGCUUUGGUCAGAGGGUAUUCGCGGGUUCUCUUUAAUGAGAUCGUAGUUACUGAGGAGAUGCCAACGCUGGCGGCGACGAGUAUGGAUAUGAUGAUGUUGGGACUUUUUUCAGUGAGGGAGAGGACGGAGGUGGAAUGGAAGGGGGUUUUGAAGAGAGUUGGGUUGAGGGUUGUUAGGAUUUAUACUUAUCCUGGCGUUGCGGAGAGUCUGAUUGAGGCUGAGUUGGCAUAA